AUGAUCUGUAUAGAUGAGACUACAAUUGAAUUUCCUCGGGGGAGCUUCACCGCUUACGUCACGUCACGUCACGUUCUCGGCGAGUCGGCGAGUCGGCGACAGUUGGCCGCGGGAAAAAAGGUCGUAUUCGAUUGCUUCACUUCCACCUCACAAACAUCUUACCUUUCCUAUUCCCUUCUCCCCCUUGACCAUCAGCGCCAAUUCCUCAUCAUGGCGUCUCCACGGCUUCCCUUCCUCUACCCCAAUCUGAUGCGCGCAGUCAAAUCAUGCGAACCCUCCACGUAUCGCUCGAUGCGGGUUGCGUCACCGAAUGCCCGCCCGCCGCCUCGGAGUCAUGCUUCUCAGGCUCGGUUUCACACCAGCCAUCGGCACAAUCAAGGGACAAUCCAGAGGCGAUAUGGUCCGGCCGUAGAUCCAAAUAUGCCUCCGCCAAAUCGGCCAAAAGAUGAGGCUGCAUCGGAACAAGGGCAGGCCCAAGCUCAACUUCAGAUGAAUGCGCCAUCAGAAAAAAAGGUUGAGGGCGACACAACACCGGAGCAGUCGCAGACCAUUUCACAAACUCAGCCGCAGCCGCAGCCGCAACCCCGCGAACAGAAUGAUUCCUCCGCACCUCAGUCCGAACCACAACCCGAUACCGAAAAGCCGGCGCAAUCCACUGAGCGCCGGGGUGUGAAUGAAGAUGACGAACUAGACCCUGACGAGGAGGAACCUGUGCAGGAAAUCGUCCACCAGACCAAACAAGCUUCUUCCGCCUCCGAAGAACAUAUUCACGAAGAACAAACUACAGCCCCUAAGUUAGAUGGCAAUCCUCUUGAAGGUGUCCUCCAUAUGCCCUCCCCCUCGUCAUACCUGACGCCAACAACCCCGACCCCGCAUAUGGCCCCGCCGCCCUAUGUUCACCACUUUGAUACAUAUACUCUCGUCCGGGACUUGGCCAACAACGGGUUCUCAGAUAAACAGUCCGAGACGAUCAUGAAGGCCAUUCGCAAGAUUCUGCAGAAUAACCUCGACUUCGCCAACCAGAAUCUCACGUCCAAGUCUGACGUUGAGAACGAGACAUACCUGUUCAAGGCAGCUUGCUCAGAACUCCAGUCCAGUCUGCAAACAGCGAGGAACUCGGAAAUCCAAAGGCAGCGUGCCUCGAGGACGUCAUUAGAGCACGAGGCGGAUAUUCUCUCUCAGCGAACGAACCAAGAACUCUCCGGGUUGAAGGAUGAUAUCAAGGGGAUGUUCAACGACCAUAAGAUGACUGUUCGCGAGCUCCAGCGGAGUAUCGAUACCUCGGUGCAGGAACUCAACUACAAGAUCACCGUGUCCCUAAACAGUGAUAGCAAGAGCGAGAUUGAAGGGUUAAGGUGGAUUCUCACAAGAAGAGCUGCUCUGGCAAUCGCCAUCAGUGCUUUCAUGAUUCUGCUCUUCCUGCGCUACUCGUCUACCCAGAGAUCCCAGAACGGCGCCGAGAAAAAGAAAGAGGCACCGCCCAAGGAAGCUCCUGAGCCUCGUCCGUCUUCGGAACAUACCCCUACUCCCCAAGAGUCGCUUCCUGUCGCGCAUCUCAGCGAAUCUCUGGGCUGA